AUGCCGCAGCCGAAAUCCCGCAAAAUCGCCGUGCUGGGUUACAGGUCGGUGGGGAAAUCGUCCCUCACCAUCCAGUUUGUGGAGGGUCAAUUUGUGGACUCCUACGAUCCCACCAUAGAAAACACAUUUACCAAAACCAUGACGGUCAACGGGCAGGAGUACAACCUGCAGCUGGUGGACACGGCCGGCCAGGACGAGUACUCUAUCUUCCCUCAGAGCUACACCAUCGAUGUUGACGGCUACAUCCUCAUCUACUCAGUUACAUCCUACAAAAGCUUUGAGGUGGUCAGAGUGAUCCACGAGAAGCUGCUGGACAUGGUGGGAAACGUUCAAGUCCCCAUUAUUUUAGUUGGCAACAAGAAGGAUCUGCACAUGGAGAGAGUGAUCAGCUUCGAGGAGGGGAAAGCUCUGGCCGAGUCGUGGAACGCGGCCUUCCUCGAGUCUUCAGCCAAAGAAAACCAGACGGCGGUGGAGGUGUUCAGGAGGAUGAUCCUGGAGGUGGAGAAGAUGGAGGCGGGUCAGCCGCAGGGCCGGACCACCUGCUCUGUCAUGUAA